UAUUUGUGGGUGGAAGAAGAAAUAUUGACAAAACGGGUCUACCGAUUUGGAUGUUGGGACUCAGUGUGGAGCGGCUCCGAGCUGACAUGAAUCGGUUGCUCGCGUUACUCUUCCACCAGGGAGUGUUGGAUGAACAGUUCUUACAGCUGCAGCAAUUGCAAGAUGAAUCCUCACCCAAUUUUGUAUCCGAGGUUGUCAACAUAUAUUUCCACGAGUCCGAAAAGCUUCUCAGAAACCUCAGAGCAUUGUUGGUGGAUAAGGAGUUUUCGGACUACAAGAAAAUGGGGACACAUUUGAAUCAGUUUAUGGGGAGCAGUUCCAGCAUCGGUGCCCAAAGGAUCCGAAAUGUCUGCGUAGCUUUUCGGGCCGCUUCCGAUCAAAAUAACCGGCCCGGGUGUAUAAGAGCAUUAGAGCUGUUGGAAUAUGAGUACUGUUAUCUCAAGAACAAGCUGCAUGAACUUUUCCAGAUUGAGCAGCAGAGAAUCCUAGCAGCUACAGUCAGAUAUCCAAUGCAGCAGCAGCACCAUCAACAACAACAGCAGCAGCAGCAGCCAAACAACCCCUAAUUAAAUAAAGGCUAUAUAUACAUAUAUGUAUGUAGGCCUAAGUGUGAAGUGAAUGUAUGGCAGAAAAGUGAAUGAAAAAGAUUGGUUUUGAUGACAAUGACAGAAUUUCACAUGCAUUCAAUGCCAAUAUAUAUAUUCCCUUCUUCCUUUUUUUCUUUUCUUGAAAUGUCUUGUUUGGCAGUAUGUGUGUAGUGUGUGUUUUCUUGCAUGGCAGUUGGCAAUUAAUAAUUAAGCGGCGAGCUUAGCUUCUGAUUCUGAUAACAAAUCCCACUUCCAAGAAAAGUUAUUACUAGGGGGGUUCAGCUUUUGGGAGAAAGAGCUUAUAUUAAGUUCUUUUCAACUGCAUUCAACUUUUGAUGUAAACUAAAAGCACUUAAUGUAA